AUGGAGAUCCCAACGGAGGGAUGGGCAGGUGUUGUAAAAAAUGAAGGUCCCGAUUUCUUUGUUUCCGUGGAGAAGGUUCCAAUUCCCAGCAUCGGGCCUUUCGAAGUUCUCAUCAAGCUCAAUGUCACAGGCCUAUGUCUUACCGAUGUACACUUCAUGAUGAACGACUGGGAAUUCCCAAAAAUGUCCGAGAUGGGUGUGUCAUGUGCCGGACACGAAGGUGCUGGAAUCAUUAUGAAGAUCGGCGAGAGUGUGAAGAACUUCAAAGUCGGACAACGUGCAGCAUAUGGACCUAUCCACAGUACAUGCGGUCUCUGCGACUCUUGCAAAUCGGGGAAAGAGACCUACUGUCAGCAAGCAGUCUUUACAGGUGGGACUGUGGACGGUACUUACAAGCAAUACUGUGCCGUUCCGGAGAGCUUCGUUCAUGUGAGUUGGGAAGGAGUUUCAGAUAACGUGGCCGGGCCUGCGAUGUGCUCUGCAGCCACGAUGUGUUCUUCGCUCAAAGAGUCGGAGCUCAAAGCUGGUGACUGGGCUAUUUUCCCAGGAGGAGGUGGUGGUACAGGAAUUCAAGGUGUACAACUGGCAUGUGCCAUGGGUAUAAGACCUGUGGUAGUGGAUACAGGAGAAGAUCGCCAAACGCUGGCAUUCAGUCUUGGUGCUGAGGAGUUUGUUGACUUUCGGAAGGAGCUAGACCCGGUCAAGAGGGUCUUGGAAAUCACAGACGGAGGUGCUCAUGGGGUGUUUGUCACUGCCGUACAAUCCUAUCCAGUCUCGCUUGAUUAUCUUGGAUCACGUCGCGGCGGCGUGGUCAUGUGUGUUGGGCUCCCCCCGAAGGGCAGAUACCACAUCGACGCAGCCCCCACCCGGCUUUGUUUGAGAAAUCAGUCCAUCAAGGGGACGUUAUCGGGCGGUCACGUUGCUAUAGCUGAGACAUUCGAGUUUGCGAGACGAGGAAAGCUCCAACUUGAGCCGACUGUGGUUGGGAGGAGCAAGUUCAAUGAAGCGGUUCAAAAGCUAAAGAAUGGACAAGUAGUAGGGCGAAUGGUUGUAGACUUCAACCUGUCCUGA